AUGCAAAUGCAAUCAAUCAAGAUUUUGGAGGAUUUGCACACGAAAUUGUGACUUCAGUAACAACCCAACGCCUCUCACUGUUUGUUUUUGCCAUUUCAAGUCCCCAAAAUGACACAAGAUGUGGAAAAUACCAUAACCGGCUGCCCAAAAUACUCACCUCCCAACCAGUAUAAACCCCAUCAUCAAAACACCAUUACCAUACUAAUCCAAGCAGCAAAAAUGAAAGCAUUCAUAUUCAUGGCUGUGCUACUUACCAUUCUCUCACGAGGAGGAGCUGCCGCCGCAGUCGCCUGCCCUCAGAUCGAGGGGGCCCUGGCCCCCUGCAUCGGGUACCUCAUAGGACAGGAUGGGGGCCCGUCUCCGCCAUGCUGUGACGGGGUGAAGGCCGUCAAAGGGAUGGCCCAGACCACACCGGACAAGAGAGCCGCCUGCAACUGCAUCAAGGCAGCAGCCAACCGUUACACUAACCUCAAGGAUGACGCGGCGCAGAGCCUUCCCGACAAGUGUGGAGUCAAGCUUGACGUUCCUGUGUCGCGCACUGUCGACUGCCACAAGAUCAACUAAGACGGAAUCCGACUGAAGCAGAGAAAAUCGGCAAUGGUAAAGAAAUAAGGACAUUCUUGACACCUGUGGUUCGAGAAGCAUGCAUAUAUAUAUAUAUAUAUAUGUGACUAGUAUGUAAAACCAUUGCCUAUAUGGAGU